GGCGCACCGGCCGGCACCAGCGCCGAGGGCUCUGCCGCCGCGAUGUUGGGGCUGCUCAUGGCGUUGCUGGCCCUGGCCCUCGCCUACUUCGCGCUGCUGGACGGCUGGUACCUGGUGCGUGUGCCGUGCGCCGUGCUGCGCGCGCGCCUGCUGCAGCCGCGCGUCCGCGACCUGCUGGCCGAGCAGCGGUACGCGGGCCGCGUGCUGCCCUCAGACCUGGACUUGCUGCUGCACAUGAACAACGCGCGCUACCUGCGCGAGGCAGACGUGGCGCGCGCCGCGCAUCUGGCCCGCUGUGGCGUGCUCGGGGCGCUGCGCGCGCUCGGGGCGCGCGCGGUGCUGGCCGCCUCGUGCGCGCGCUACCGCCGCUCGCUGCGCCUGCUGGAGCCUUUCGAGGUGCGCACCCGCCUGCUGGGCUGGGACGACCGCGCUUUCUACCUGGAGGCGCGUUUCAUCAGCCUACGCGACGGUUUCGUGUGCGCGCUGCUGCGCUCCCGCCAGCACGUGCUGGGCGCCUCGCCGGAGCGCGUCGUGCAACACCUGUGCAAGCGCAGGGUGGAGCCCCCUGAGCUGCCGGAAGACCUGCAGCACUGGAUUGCCUACAACCAGGCCAGCAGCCAGCUGCUCCGGGCCGAGAGUGGGCUCAGCGAUGCCGUCAAGGACCAGUGACCACCGUGCCCUGGCCACCAGCUUCCACCUGGGGGCGGUUGCCCAGCCAUCCCCGCCUGCCCCGGGACAAAGCGUGCAGAGUGGGCUGGCCGGGCUGGGCUCUCUCUGAGCUGGAGUGGCCUUGUGACCAGCCCAGCCCCCUUUACCCGCUCGGCCUCCCUCCCCCCACCCCCAUUACUGAUGCCCCUCUGUGCCUUGCCCCACA